GGAGCCCCUCGGAGCCGCGCUCGGGCAUCGCCAGGACUUGGGGCGCUCCUGCCCUCCGCGGCUCUCCUCUUCGGGGGCCCCGCUUGGAUUAAUCGGCUCCGUGCUUCGUGGCGCGGCUGCGGGCUUUGGACGCCGCCUCGCCGCCGCCUUGGGCUUCUCCGGACACGAUUACCUCACCUGGACACCCACCUCAGGACUGCAGUAGAAAGGCAGCAAGGAUGCCGGACUCACCAGCUGACGUGAAGACACAGUCCCAAUCCACGCCGCCGAGCAUGCCACCACCGUCCCCGGCUGCCACCCAGGGAGCAACGCGCCACCCCACCUUCACGCCAAACCCGAAUCGCGAAGCUGGGCCGCCGAUGUUUCUGCCCCGCGGCCGUUUUCACGGUUGCUUGAAAUGGUCGAUGGUGUGUCUCUUAAUGAAUGGAAGCAGCCACUCCCCGACGGCUAUCAAUGGGGCACCCUCCACCCCCAACGGUUUCAGCAACGGGCCCGCCACCUCCUCCACCGCCUCGCUCUCCAACCACCAACUUCCGCCGGCCUGCGGCGCGCGCCAGCUCAGCAAACUGAAGCGCUUCCUCACGACGCUGCAGCAGUUUGGCAACGACAUCUCCCCUGAGAUCGGGGAGCGCGUCCGCACUCUGGUGCUGGGUCUGGUGAAUUCCACGCUGACCAUUGAGGAAUUCCAUUCCAAGCUCCAGGAGGCCACAAACUUCCCUCUGAGGCCCUUCGUCAUCCCUUUCCUCAAGGCCAACCUGCCCCUGCUGCAGCGCGAGCUCCUCCACUGUGCCCGCAUGGCCAAGCAGACGCCCGCCCAGUACCUGGCACAGCAUGAGCAGCUCCUGCUGGACGCCAACGCCUCCUCCCCCAUCGACUCCUCGGAGCUGCUGCUGGAGGUCAGCGAGGGGGGAAAGAGGAGGACCCCUGACAGGACCAAAGAGAACGGCUUGGAUCGGGACCCUCUGCACCCGGAGCACCUCAGCAAAAGGCCGUGCACCAUGAGCCCGGCCCAGCGCUACAGCCCCAGCAAUGGGCUCAGCCACCAGCCCAACGGGCUGCCCCACCCAACGCCUCCCCCUCCCCAACACUAUCGCCUCGAGGACAUGGCCAUCGCCCACCACUUCCGGGACACCUACCGGCAUCCCGACCCUCGGGAGCUACGGGAACGCCAUCGGCAAGCCGCAGUGCACAGUUCCCGGCAGGAAGAAGUCAUUGACCACAGGCUAACGGACCGAGAGUGGGCAGAGGAGUGGAAGCACCUCAACAACCUGCUGAACUGCAUUAUGGACAUGGUGGAAAAGACCCGCCGGUCACUCACCGUGCUGCGCCGCUGCCAGGAGGCUGACCGCGAGGAGCUGAACCACUGGAUCCGGCGCUAUAGCGAUGUGGAGGACAUGAAGAAGGGACCCAGCCCGGCCGCCCGGCCCCACAACAGUACCGGCAACACCGAGGUGCCCCCUCUAGACCCUCAUCGUGAGUUCGUGUCCAGGCCUCUGUCCGGUUACAUGCCAGAGGAAAUCUGGAGGAAAGCUGAAGAAGCCGUGAACGAGGUGAAGCGCCAGGCCAUGUCCGAGCUCCAGAAAGCCGUCUCCGACGCCGAGCGGAAAGCCCACGAGCUGAUCACGACGGAGCGGGCCAAGAUGGAGCGGGCCCUGGCCGAGGCCAAGCGCCAGGCCUCCGAGGAUGCCCUGACCGUCAUCAACCAGCAGGAAGACUCCAGCGAGGUGGGCGCCCUUGCUCCUGCACCCGGAGGGCUGGGCUGGGUAGGGUAG